CUGUUUUUAGAGCCUAAACAACUAGCAGCAGCUGUGUUGUAAACAGACAGUCACAUCCAGGUGUGACUAUGGGGAAGUCCUUUUCCCACCUCACUAAGCACACAGGCCAUGAUGAGGGCCAGGACAGCCUGACGUCUCCUCUGGAGGACAGCCAGACUGAAGAUGGGAAGGGUGGAGACGUGUCUCAGUUCCCCUACGUGGAGUUCACAGGACGGGACAGCGUGACGUGUCCCACAUGUCAGGGUACUGGAAGGAUCCCCAGAGGACAGGAAAAUCAACUGGUGGCAUUGAUUCCAUACAGUGACCAAAGGCUGCGACCCCGCAGGACGAAGUUGUACGUAACAGCGUCAGUGGUGGUUUGCCUGCUGCUGUCCAGCCUCGCCGUCUUCUUCCUCUUCCCUCGCUCCAUCGACGUGUCCUACGUGGGGGUGAAGUCUGUUUUUGUCAGCUACGACCAGGAGAAGCGAAGCGUCUAUCUGAACAUCACGAACACUCUCAACAUAACCAACAACAACUACUACUCAGUGGAGGUGGCCAACAUCACAGCUCAGGUGCAGUUUGCCAAGACGGUGAUCGGUAAAUCUCGCAUCAGUAACACCACUGCCAUCAGUCCUCUGGACAUGAAACAGAUCGAUUACAUGGUCCCCACCAUCAUAGCAGAUGAGAUGAGCUACAUGUAUGACUACUGCACUCUGCAAACCAUCAAGGUUCACAACAUUGUCGUGAUGAUGCAAGUGACCGUCACCACUACAUACUUCGGCCAUGCAGAGCAGGUCUCUCAGGAGAUGUACCAGUAUGUAGACUGUGGAGGGAACACCACUUCUAUCAGGGGGAUGACCAAACCAUUCAGUGCCCCACAUCCUGCUGAGUAAACACACCACUGUCCAAUCCAGAAGCUAGCUGCAAGGUGCUACACUGUUUCCCCCCCUUCGCCUCCAGCUGCUGUGUCCAACUGACUGCUGUUGUCACAAUACCAUGAUGCUCACCUCAAUACCAGUAUUACACCAAAUCCAUCCAUAAGAUAACAGCAUUCAUCUGCUGUCCAAUCAAAUCAAAUUACAUUCAGCAAAGAAAUAACAGUGAUGGUUAUCUCAUAAUCAUUUUUUAAUAUUCAGUUGACAACGAUUACAAGAGCUGUAUUUAGCAAUUACAACAGUUUUAUAAUUACAAAAUCUUUGUUUUGUAUUUACAAGAACCAGGACUGCAUCUUGCAAAUACCAGAAAAAGAUUUAAUAAUUACAAGGUCCUUAUAUUUGAUAAAUGAAAAGAUCAUUAGCUUACAUUUAAAUAGUGUUUCAUAAUCAUAAGGUCCUGAGGUCAAAAUUACAAGAAAACAUUUUCAUAAUCAUGACUUCCUUUUCCUGUAAAUACAAGAAAAUUGUUUCAUAAUCAUGACUUCCUUGUCCCAUAAUUAUGAGGAAAAAAUGUCAUAAUCUAGAGUUCCUUUUCAUGGAUCUCAUAACUAUAUAUAAUGCAUAUAUCAUGAUUACAAGUUACAUAACAAAAAAAUUACAAUUUUUACUUAAUUAAUGAAUAUGUUUUCUUGCAAUUCUAAGAUCUAUUCUUAUUUCUACAUGCUGACCGUAUCAUUUGUGUAGUUUAGCAUUGGAUUGGGGUUUUACACGGUAUUAAAGUGGUGUCAUCAUUUUUGUAACAACAUAACACUGCAAUGAAUAGAUUCCACUCUCUCUCUCUUAUAAACCAUGAUCUAUGAUUUGCCAGUUUUACUCCAGAGAAAGAGGAGGCAACAAAAAAAGGGGGUUUAUUACAAUAAUAAAUGUAGAUUUGAAAACUUGAUGGUAAUAUUUUACCUACCAAACCAUAAUGCACUUUAUAAGUCUAUUUAAAAUGCACAUUUUAUUAACAGUCCCAAGUUCUCAAAAGCCUAACCCUCCACCACAGUGAGUUGCAAAAGGUGGUGUUAAUACAUGAAUACAGAGUAAUCAGAUACUGCUGUUUGACUCUGAGAGAAGUUGAUGUUGUUCAUAGUGUUCCUCUGACUGAAUUUGUACAGUCUGCAUACUUCUGUUAACUAUUUGGUUUUUGGGUGCUCACUAUUCUAGUUUGUAUUUAUCUCUAACUCUCUGUGAAACGAAGGGCCUACUGAUACAUUCCUUUUAAAUGUACAAGUGGAACAGUUCUGACCUCCUUGUGUUCCACUCAUCUAGCUUGUAAGAGACCUAAGGUUUUGGAGAAGUAGACUCUAAUCCUUCCUACACAGAUUGUUCACUGUAAUGUUAACUGUUAAAAGACUUGAUGCACGGUCACACCAGCAUUAAAAGCAGACAUUUUCCACAUGAAAUCUUUCCAGUCAAGUUCAACUAUGACACAAAUUUGCAACAUGAAGUGACAGCAAACAGCAAUAAUAAUCUGAACUUUGAGGGAAUGGAGAGAUGGAAAGUACAAAAUAGAGAAAAUAAGAAAUAGUUUAGUUUAUAGCUUAUUUAGCUUAUUGUCUGGUUAACAACUAAGCAAGCUAGCUGAUAGAGCUAAUGUGGCUGGCUAGCAUUUUCAGCUAUAAGCUAGUCUUGCGAGUUUCUAGCACCAUUUUUUUUUCACAAGGGUGCAAAGUAGGAAGUUCACUUUGUGGUUGAACAGCAAAACAGGUACUUUAGUUAGCGGGUAAGUUGCUCAGGAAGUAGAUCCUAUGACAAAAGCUAAUCUGGCAGGCUAAUUCCUGUGUUUAUUCUUGGUUCAACAAAGAGACGACGAGCAUUUGAAAUGACUUAUGGAAAAUGAUUGUUUAUUUAGAAGGCCUUAGGAAGCUUCAGAUGCUAGGAUUAUUAGACAGGAUGCUGUUAUUCUUUGAAGAGUAGGGGUUUUAUCACUAGGCUAGCAUUUCCCUCUGCUUCCAGUCUUUGUGUUUUUAGCUAGGCUAAAAAUGUCGACCUAUCUCUGUACUGAACACUCACAGAAGAAGCUGAUAUCUCCUCAUUUGUAUCUGUGUCAUACUCUAAAUGUUGCACUAACUUUGAUUUUCAUUGUCAAUUAAUCUUUGUUUUUGUUUGUUAUUAAUCCUAGAAGUUUUUCUUUUCUCUUUUUUUUGGCGAUAUACCUAUCAUAAUUUCCCCUGAACCCAAAGUCAUGUCAUCAUGUUGCUUGACCCUCAAAUAUUCAUAUUAUAUAAUAAUCAUAUAAAACAGACAAGCAGCAAAUCCUCACAAAUGAGAACCGUGGCGACUGCAGCAUCAUCAAAUCAAAGUUAAGUCAGUUUUUUUUUGUAUUCUACAUGAAACAAUGCACACUGAAGAUCACUGAAAGCUUGGACUGGCUUAAUCAUUUACAAUUUCCAAAUGAUUAAUAUAUCCUGAGUGCAGUGUUUCUGUCACAUUUUGGGGCAUCCUGUGAUUUUUAUGGCCAUGACUGACUUUACAUGUUCAUUUCUAUAUUAUACAUACUAAUCACCACAUCCUUCUAAUUGAGUUGGUGUUCUCAAUUUUUCUUUAUAGCUUACAAAAAUACUAAAUAUGAUUAAUUACACCUAAUUUCUAUCUUUCUUUCUCUCAAAAAAGGCGUCUAUUUUCUCACCAUUGAUAGAAAAUCACACUGCUGUGAAUUAAAAGUAAAUUAUUUUUGAAUUCGAAAAACAUCUUUCAUACCCAGAACUUUGUAUGAUUUCUGCCAACAUAGAACCAAUAUCUAUUUUUCAUCCUGUAAAUACUUUGAAACUUUGUUGUCAUACAGCUUUUACAUUUGUACUGAGUGGGAUUUCAAGAAAAAGCACACUUAUGAUUAGUUUUUUAACCCUAACAUGCACCCGUAGUGUUGGUUAACAAUCUUUAUUAACAUUUAACAUUUGAAAAAGCUCUUUUUAGAUUCCUACCUCUUCUGUCAUUUUAAACAUUUUGUUGGUCGUUAUUCAUAGUGAGUAUUUUUUGUGGGAGCAUGAAUAAAGUUUUAAAACACAACAA